AUGGCGAGCACUGAAGUCUCGGUACAUAACCUGCACCUCUGCGAGGGCUACGCGGGCCCCGAUGGCCGCUACCACCCCGGCUUCUACUGCCCGCGGCUGACCGACCCGGCCGGCCACCGCUACUGCUGCCGCCCCAGCCCACACGCCCUCAAGUCCUGUUGCUCCCAGCUGGCCCUGGAGGCCCUCACCGGCGUGAACCUCUCCAGCCUGGCUAGCCCAGGCCUCCUCCGGAACCCGCUGGCCCUGCCCUUCGUGGGGCUCUACGGGCUCCUCAUCCUCCUCCUCAUGGCCGUCGACCUCUUCCACUUCUACCGGACCCACCGCUGCCGCCUCAGCCGCCUCCUGCCCCGUGCCCGCCGCCCGCCCUGCACCCCCCCGGGAGGGCGUCAGCCCCGCUCCCGGCCGCCCCGUGGCUCCCGCGCCCCCGGGGGGCUCCCGCUGCCGCCCCGGGGCACCCCUGGCCCCACGGCCCCCGGCCGGGUGUGCUGA